GAGAAGUCGAACUGCAUCGAUCGCUUCAGUUGGGAAAGUUCGCAUCAUACACCCGGUACCAGCGUCAUCGCCAAAGUGUUCGGAGCGAGUUUCUCGGGACAUAUCACAACAGGGCAAGAAAAGCUGCCAUGGGAAAGGGUGAAUAGGCCGCUGAAAGGAAGUGACGUCAAGAUAACUAGCGAUGUAUGGAAUAAUGAAGCGCGGAAUCUUGCAUAUAUUUAUGAAAUUUGCAUUAUUAUUUCUUCUCUCACUUUGCACGAGCUCACAAAGCUAUGAUAAUGUAUCCAUCGAUUGUGACACUGGCGAUGUGUUUCGUUGCCAUAGCGACGUCUGCAUACCACGGGAUUGGUACUGUGACGGUUUCCAUGACUGCAUUGGUGGGGAAGAUGAAAACAACGACAACUGCACAUCCAUUCCCAACAUCCCCGUUUGCGUCAACAUUACCUUCCCGAUGUGCCAGAACGUGUUGCCUUACCAACACACCUAUUUCCCCAAUCCUUACGAGUACAACGCCGACGCGGCCAGACAAUCAAUGGAGACUCUGACGCCUCAUCUCAAUUGUUCAGAAUACGCGACUUCGUUUUUCUGCGCACUGUCGUUUCCUGUUUGCUCCACCAACACGAAUAGGUCGACGAUACCUUGCCGGUCAAUGUGCGAACAAGUACGGGACGACUGCGAGAUCUCGUUGGCUUCGAUAGGAAAGCCGUGGAUGGUGAACUGCGACGAUCUUCCACAUUAUACCUCCGAUGCUAAGUGCAUUACGCACUCUGGAAUGAACACGACAUUAGAAUUAUCCCCUGAGCUCAAGUGUCUAUCCAACUGCUAUUUGAACGCUGUUAGUCCCAGUCUACCAUUGGUAACCACAUACACGUGUCAUGACUGUGAUCUUGCACUGCUUGGAACGAUGUGGACUCUUUCGAAAGCUCGAAACAGUGAUACCGUCGAAGCAGUCGACAUGUCUGGUCCGUUCACGAGCACAGGAUUUACAUCAGAAUAUCUUUAUAUUAACCCCGAUCAGCUUGAAAGUGGAAGCCAGUACAUACUGCGAGUUAGUCUGAUUUCCAAUAAUCACAGCGCUGACUUCCUUACCAGCCAAUCGCUGAAUUUCACUGUCAACUUCCCACCACGGAACGGCACGUGUAUGGUGGCGCCCUCUACAGGAUAUGCCAUUAUGACUGAAUACAACGUGUCCUGCACAGGCUGGGCUGAUACCGAUACACCACUGAGAUAUGACGUUUAUGCCCGUUCUAGAGGUUCCUCUACCUAUCUCCUACUCUACCAUGGUUACGAUGCAACGUCUUCCGCAUUUCCAUUGCCUAUGGGUGACGUCACGUAUAAUCACACAGUUGACAUUCGCGUAUUGAUUUCCGACGCGUAUUCUGCCCAGACUACGGUGAUGCUGGUAACUACGGUGGAACCACCCUUAAUAAGUGGGGACGAUUUGUUUUCAUUCCUAAGUGGUUUGAUACUGAGUACAAACAACUCGUUGGAUGAGAACGUUCCUGCCGAUGAUACAGGUGCCGCAGCCAUCUUGGUGUCCGUGGUUGCCUCUGUUCUUAACAACAAAGCACUGAUUGGCGAGGGUUCGGAAGAUUCCGUUGAAGCAAAGAAGGAGUUACGGGAGUCGUCGAUCUAUGCUUUGAAAACAUUAUCACAGUCAGUCGACACGCCAGAAGCAAUUUCCCAGGUGGCCAGUGCGCUUUUCUUUGUGACGUCACUUCCAGGGGAACUUACCACUGACAGCCAGAUGAAUAUAGGAAUGGCCGUUCAAGAUUUAUCCUCGAAUUUGGCAGGGAUGAAGAAUGAGUCAGAGGCUGGUAUCCUAGCAACCGCUAAAGCAAUAACUGAUUGUGUUGGAAAUGUAAUGUUAAUUCCCUUCGGAGACGACAAUGCAUUUUUGCAGCGUUCGUUUAUUGCAGUGAGUGUGGCUAACACAUUAAACUCCAUUUCAAAAGUUGUUCUCAGCAGACGAGUCCCCGGUCAACCGCCCGUCGUCUUUAGCACCCCGUCGCUGUCAUUGCGGCUACAACGCGAUGCACCGAUCGAUAUUACGGGGUCGACUUUAGUGUCGGACAGUGGCGCGUUUCAUCUGCCACAGGGACAGAAUAUAUUUGGUGACAGCGUAUUUGGAAGAUUCAUUGAUACAAAGUUUGUAUCUUUCAAAGACAACCCGUUCAAGUGGGGGAACUCGUCCGUGACCGUCAUGUCUGAUGUUAUUUCGUUGUCGUUUAUGGACCAAUUUGGUAAUGAAAUCGAAGUUGAUGGAGUGGAAGAUGGAAUUUUAAUCGAUCUAUCUCGACAAGUCGUUCUACCGGAACCAUACACAGUCAACGAUACCGUCGCUGACGAUAAUGGUGGAUUGCAGAAAUACCAUGUAUAUUUGCCGUGGCCGGAUGUAGCUCUGCAUAUUAUUCUGCGUGCCGUCGAUAGUGACGACGAUGACGAAGUCGGCAUUAACGCUACCCUGUACUUCAACGCCAAUGAAUCCCCGACGAAGGCCAUACACAAUUAUACCGGAACUCUGCCGAAUUUGGAAUAUGACUCCGACGCAGACAUCGAUGAUGUAACCAGGAAUGAGUUGAGAAACACGUUUUUCGUGCCGAGUGACGUCAUAAACCUGCCUGGGUACUAUUUCAUCGCAAUUGACACAAACUCUAGUGGCAACGAUUUCACGAUGCAAAUAUUCACCUCUGGGUGCAAAUAUUGGGAUGAAGACCACGAAGAAUGGAAAGGAGAUGGAUGCAAGGUAAGAAUGAUGUACCGACUGAAUCAAUAUCCGGUAUAA